CUGAGAGGAAGCCAUUUCCCUAUCAAGUGACCAGAGCUGAGAAAGAGAAACAAACAGCCCCUGACUGAUAGCUUCUCUCCUAAGGUCCGCAGGAUCCUAAGACCAGAAGCCAAGCUGUGGGACGGAAGGUGGCUUGUGGCAACGAGGGCCUAUCAGGACCCACAAGAAACCACAGAGCUGCUCGGUGCCUCCGGCCAGCGUCUUCCUCUGAAGAAGCCCUGACUGACCUGAGGACAGAGGGAGCAAACGGGGCAUGAUGCUGCCUGUGACCCACGUGCUAGCCUUCGGUGCUUGGCUGGUGACACAGAGCAAGGCUACGCCAGAUGCCCCCAAAAUCUCCAUCUUUCUGAAGCCACCGGGGGUGAUCUCACCGGGAGGCUCCACCAACAUCUGCUGCAGUUGCCAGCGUGACAGUGGGAACUUUGUGCUCUACAAGGACGGCUACCAGAUCCGUACCCUGGAGCUGCAUGGCAGCAGGGCCGAGUUCUCCAUCUCUAACGCCUCCCAGGAGGACGCAGGUGCCUACAGCUGCCAUUACACACAUGGAGGCACUGUGCUGGCUCGCAGCGAAACCCUGGAAGUCAUGGUGCGAGAUUUCCGUCUCCCCACACCUGACCUCUCUGUCCUGCCCGGGCUUGAGGUGGCUGCAGGAGCUUACGUGACUUUCCGUUGCGCCAUUGAACACUCCAGUGCUGCCUGUUACUUGUACCUGGAGGGCCACUUCACGGUGCGCUUAAACCCAGAGGAACGAGAGAAUUUCAAACUCCCCCGUGCCAGUAAAGAAAAGGAAGGCCGCUACAGCUGCCAGUGUUUCGCCAAACGUGAAUGGUCUGCUGUCAGCCAGACCCUGGAUUUGGUGGUGAGAGAUUACACCCGGACCAACGUGCUGCGCCUGGCCCUGGGUGCCGGCGUCCUGGUCCUGCUGGGGCUGAUCGUGGCCGAGGCCAUGUGCAGCCACCGGCGCCCGCCAAGGCCCUGCUAGGCGCGGGCCCUGCUCCCCUCGGACCGCCGCCCCGGGAGGCGCCGGCGCGCUGCCCGUGACUGGGACCAGUGAGGGAACACUGGGAUUCCGCCCCACCGCCUCGCAGUUGGAUAAAUAAACCGUCCCUCCCCAGCCGGCGGCCUCCGAGAGUCACUGCGGGGCGGGCGGGCGGCGGGACCCGGUGGGAGCAGCUGGGGCCGGACGGGGGCGGGGC